GCCCAUGCGCAAAGGCAGUACCAGGCUGCCCACAUUUUGAAGGACAAGGGACCAUGGUCGACGAUGCCGCCGCAGCGGCGUACCGUAGAUACCAAGAGGAGGAGUACGAGAGGCGCAUCCUCCAGCAAAUCAGGGAGAGGCCGUCAAACAUCAUACGAAUACGGACGUUCGAAGAAGCCAAAGAUCGAUGGCGCGCGGCCGACGGGACGAGCGAAGGCAUCACGGAGCGCAUCGACAAUGAGGCACAGGGCGUGCUUCGCAAGCACGUCCUAAGCCUGAACCGCAUCCGCCGCGAGGAGGUCGAGGCUAUGCGCGGGCAAAGCACCGCGCCGCCCAUCAAACGCUGGAUGCGGAACGGCGUCAACCGCGUCGCGUUGUCGCGGAUCCGACCACGGCGGCGUAGUAACGACGCCGAGUGUGCGAUAUGCCUCGAGUUGUUGCGCGGAGACACGACGAGGACCCCGUGCGGCCACGAGUUCUGCGAAACGUGCCUCGAAGCCGCCUUCUGCAAAUCGGUGACGUGUCCGAUGUGUCGCGCGGACUGCCGGGCCUUCGCAAGGGAGCGGGGCUGGGCGGUCGAAAGGCAGCCCCCAGUCACGUUCGCUCCCCGCCGGCAACGGCUCCCCCCGGUCCUGCCGCCGGCCUCCUCACGCAAGGACCCGCUCCGCGCCAUAAAAGGCCUCGAACGAGCACAUAGAGAAACAACACGCAGCAUCAGCACCCUGGCGACCGACGUGGCCGAUGCGUCACGGCGAGGUGACGUGCUUCGGAAGAAGCUGAGCGCCCUCCGGCGCUCGCACGCGGCGGCGAGGAUUUUGUUCUCGAAGCCCCUCGCGGGGCCAUCAUCGGUGGGGCCGGUCGGCGGGGGAUGAGUAAUAGCCAAAGGAUG